AAUCCUGCGUUAUUGUUUUCGUUUAACGUAUCAGCCAGUACCGGCUGUCAAACUGUACUUGUGCAUUACUCCGAAAUACAUCAUAAAUUGCAAAUUAUGCAGAAGUAAAGCGUCUAGUUUGCUGCUAAAAGAAAUUUCUAAGUUAUCCAUAGAUGCUAUAGCGGCUGCAGAUUAUAGUUGCGUUAUAAAACGAGAUCUUCCGUCUACCGCUGCAUCUUCACAGGAAAACGGCUCCAAAACAAUUUUGAAUUGAAGUGUCAAAUGAAUUUAACUGUGUAUCAUAAUGGAGGAGAUACUAAAACGGGUAAAUAAGUAUACUGCUCCAAAUAUUACAGAAUUAUUGGAAUUAAUACAAGAGAGUGGAUUGAGAGAGAACACAACUACAGAGCAAGAACAACAUCUUAAAGAGCAGGAGCAAAAUAUCAAUGAGUUGCACACCAAAAUCACUAUUUUGAAACAACAAUUGAGUGUUCAAAAAAAAGUUCUUGAAUCUAAAUCAGAGGAUUUAAGAAAACAAAAGGAACUUCUUAAACAACUGGAAAUAGAAAAAUGCAAUUUAGUUGAAGAAAAUUUGAUGUUGGAAGCCAAGAAAAAUAAAAUGGAAACAGUCCAGCCUAGUUUACGAGAUAUACAUACAAUAGAAACGGGAAGGAGAAAAUUGGACUUGUAUAAAGAAUUAACUGGAAUUCGUUGGGAUUUCACAGCUUUAAAACAAAAUGUAAAAGGAUAUAUAAAUAAUAAAAAGAAUUAUGUGCAUUCUUUUUGUUACAAUCUAAAUGAAGGAGAAAAACAUAUUUGUGAUCUUCUUUGGAAUGAAAUUUCUAUAUCCACUGGAUGUGCUUCAUUGGAGGAGCAGAGUUCAAAGGAGAAUCCAGUACCAAAUUAACAAUCAUCAUACAGACAUGAUUUGGAAUAUAGUUUAUUAUAUACAAUAUUUUACAUUAUACUGAUAAUUUGAACAAAUAUAGGUUUAAAUCAUUUUAA